GUAUAUAUAUAUAUAUAUAUAUAUAUAUAUAUAUAUAUAUAUGGUCUUCCCUGCCUGACAUGUAGAGACGCUCCCGCGCCGCUGGGGGCAGUGACGCUCCAGAAAGUUGUCGGCCAGUUCUCACCAAUAAAAUAAGAAAGAAGAAGAAGAAUUCAAUACCUUUUAAUGUUGGACGCUUUACUAACGACAUGAACGUUAGUAAGCGUCCCAAGCGCUGUCGUUCAGUGCAGUCUACAAGUUACCGCAUCGCCGAGGACACCCGCACUGCGUUAUUCGGUAAAACUGCGACUCUUUCGAACGAUUAACUAACGUUAGCUUAGCAAACGUUAGCUAACUGCCAUUUGAUCAGGAUGGCUGCGAAAGUUUUCAGAUGAACCAACAACGUGUGAAUUAAUAAACAAAUAAUAAAAUCAACUCGAAUACACCGUUUUGGCGCUAGUGUUUUUGUCUUAAUAUCAAAUGAUGAAACAACUUGUAAGAAGCUUAACGAUAAUAGCUGACGUAGCUAGUUUGGUCACCGCGUACGGUAGCCAUCGAUCGACGCUUAACGUUACUUUUGCAGCGCCCGUCGGAACUUCCGGAACUCCGGGCUCAGUGUUGCCUAGCAACAGCAGUGAAGGCUCCUCGCCAACCUCACUGUGACGUCGUUCCAGUCGUACGGUGUCCUAUAGCACAGGGACUUUGCCAGAUGGCAUCCACCAAAUCAAAGGGCCAGUUGGCCCCCCUGCCAUGGGCAGAGAUGCUCGCAUAUUGGGUGCUGUCCUUUGGCGCGCACCUGUACUCUUUCUACCAACUACACAUAUUCUCCAAAGCGCAUGAAGCAGGCUUAGAGAGAGAAUUCCAGUUGGAAAAAGGCCUCGUAAAGGGUUUUAAAAGGGAUCCAUCAGACUUUGAGUGGACUUUCUGGACAGAAUGGGCUAAGAAGUCUUUGCUGUGGACCCUUGCUGGUCAUGGCGUGAUUUCUAGAUUGACCAGCAUCUUUUACCCAAAGUUGAGGGUGCCAGCACUCACGAUUUAUGGCUUCUUGGCUGCCAGCAGUGUGCUGGGGAUCAGAGGUGUGAGCGUGCUGCUGGUACAUCUGGGCUUGUCCUUCUCAGUGGCCCUACUGCAAAAGUCAGCGCUGUCAUGGGCCACCAACCUGCUGCUGCUCUCCACACUUCACAUCCGGCCGCUUCAAGAGAUCCAGAGGGGCUGGUAUAAGACCGAGGAGGAGUACUACCUGCUGCUCUUCAGCGUGGCCGUCUGUGGUCUACGCUUCAUCAGCUUCAGCCUGGAGCGUUGCUGGAGCCCCGGAGAGCGGCGUGGAGCGCUGGAGCUCUGCUGGUUGUUGUCGUACACCUUCUACCACCCUUUCUUCUUCAACGGACCCGUCGUUACGUACCCAGAUUACAUUGAGCAGAUGCAGAGGUCAUCGGAGGAGUGUGACGGAGACCAAUCUCUUUUUACUUACUUAGUGCUCAGAUUAGGACGGAUCAUUUUGUGGUGGUGCACCGCAGAAUACCUGAUCCACGUAAUGUACAUGCACUGCAUCCAGUCUAAUGAGACCUACUUAGAAAUCCUUCCCCCCUGGGCCUUGGGAGGUCUGGCGCUGGCGCUCGUCCAGUUCUUCUUUCUGAAGUACCUGGUGCUGUUUGGCCUUCCGUCCACGCUGGCUACUUUGGAUAAGCUGGUUCCCCCGAAGCUUCCCCGUUGUGUCAGCAUCAUGUACAGUUUCACCGGCAUGUGGAGGCACUUUGACGAGGGCCUGUAUCGAUGGCUCAUCAGAUACAUCUACGUGCCGUUGGGGGGUUCCCGGCACGGUCAUCUCUACAAGAUGUUGUCGACCGGCCUGGCGUUCGGCUUCGUCUGCCUCUGGCACGGCGGCCAUGACUACUUGCAGUACUGGGCCCUGAUGAACUGGGCCGGAGUUCUGGUGGAAAACGGACUCAAGUCUCUAUUUGCCUCGUCGGUAAUUCGCUCCGUUGUUGAGCAGAAUGUCUCCGCUGCGAUGGAGAGGCGCUGCGUCGGCCUUCUCUGCGCCGUCUCCACCGCCAUGCUCAUCCUCUCUAACCUGGUGUUUCUUGGCGGGACACACGUUGGCAGAGUCUUCUGGAAGCGCGUCUUCAUUCAAGGCUGGUCCACCGUCGCUCCGCCUAUGCUGGCUUUCCUCUACUGCUUCGCUCAGAUCGGACUCCAGUGGACUUCUCACCCGCCAUGAGUCACCUUGACGUUUGCCCGCCUGCCCACCGGACGACCAGAACAACCUGCUGGGUCCGGGUUCCUCGUCGCCGGGCCAACCGGGCUCAGCGCCACGGAGCCCGUCCAGACCUGGCCGAGGUGCAGCUGAGCGGCCACUUUUCCACCGCCUGCAAAAUGUGCCUGUGAGCUCGGACUUAGAGGAUCAGUGCCGAUUCCUCUCGAAGGAGGGAGCACGCAAACUGUAAUACAAUGAAACCCAGUCACCGAUAAUUCUACCCGACAAGAUUCAGGGAAUCACGCUAAUCUUAUUCCAAGAAAUAGUAAAAAAUCCGGCCUCUGUUAUAUAUGACUCUGAUAAAGUAUUGCUCAGUGGUGCAUUAAGCCGGAGAAAUGCGAAUUUCACAUUUACUGGCCUCCUUUAGCUCCCCACAGAAGCAUUUGGGUCGGUACUUUGCAGUACAGAUGCAAAAGUAGAAGAAACACACUUACUUUUCCUUUAGCAUAUUGAUAAUAAUUGACAUUUAUCAACUAGAACGACUGUCAAGAAAACACAUGAGUUGUUUGUUUUGUGCUAUUUUGUUCUAAUAUAAUGCCUCAUAUCUCCAAAACGUCAACUGACACGUUUGGAUAAAAAAACUUUUAUUUCAUGUUUACUGGUUAUAAAUACGCAUCCAUGUUAUAAUGGAUAACCUUGUUGUACCUGCUGUAAUGAGUCAUUCAGCUUCUCGGCUCCAUGCCUUCAGGUCUAGAUGGUUUUUGGAUGUAUUGAGACACUUAAAACUCUUCCAAUUCAAGAAGAGUUUCAUUUUCCAAUUAUGACUUUUUUGAAGAGUUGUAAAGGUUGAUCAUUGAUAAAACGUGUUUUGUACAAUAAGAGACGCAGAAGGAUAAAUUACACAAGGCCAUACUUAGUGGGAUUAAUUCAAUUGAGUUUGUUGUUUUUAUUGUCAUCGGAUUCAUUGACAAUAAAAAUAGCAAUUAUCAU